GCGCGGUUUGCAGUUGGGUUUGAGUCCUGCCCCGCGGGACGUCGAGGGUUUACUGGUUUGGGCUUCUGGCUCUUUUGUGACAACGGCCACACUGAAAAGAUGGGUGAGGAGGCCAAUGAUGACAAGAAGCCCACGACCAAAUUUGAGCUGGAGCGGGAAACAGAACUGCGCUUUGAGGUGGAGGCGUCGCAGUCGGUGCAGCUGGAGUUGUUGGCCGGCAUGGCAGAGAUCUUUGGCACAGAGCUGACCCGCAACAAGAAGUUCACCUUUGACGCUGGGGCCAAGGUGGCUGUUUUCACUUGGCACGGCUGCUCUGUGCAGUUGAGUGGCCGCACCGAAGUGGCAUACGUCUCCAAGGACACCCCCAUGUUGCUGUACCUCAACACUCACACGGCCCUGGAGCAGAUGCGGAGGCAGGCGGAAAAGGAGGAGGAGCGCGGGCCGCGAGUGAUGGUCGUGGGCCCCACAGACGUGGGCAAAUCCACCGUGUGCCGCCUGCUGCUCAACUACGCAGUGCGCUUGGGUCGCAGGCCUACUUAUGUGGAGCUGGAUGUGGGCCAGGGCUCCGUGUCCAUCCCCGGUACCAUGGGCGCCCUGUACAUCGAGCGGCCGGCAGACGUGGAGGAAGGCUUCUCCAUCCAGGCCCCGCUGGUCUAUCACUUUGGCUCUACCACUCCAGGGACCAACAUCAAGCUGUAUAAUAAGAUUACGUCCCGCUUAGCAGAUGUGUUUAACCAGCGGUGCGAGGUGAACCGGAGGGCGUCUGUGAGCGGCUGCGUCAUCAACACCUGCGGCUGGGUCAAGGGCUCAGGGUACCAGGCGCUAGUGCACGCGGCCUCUGCCUUCGAGGUGGAUGUGGUGGUGGUGCUGGACCAGGAGCGCCUGUACAACGAGCUGAAACGCGACCUGCCUCACUUCGUACGCACCGUGCUGCUGCCCAAGUCGGGCGGUGUGGUAGAGCGCUCCAAGGACUUCCGGCGUGAGUGCAGGGACGAGCGCAUCCGCGAGUACUUCUACGGUUUCCGGGGCUGCUUCUAUCCCCACGCCUUCAAUGUCAAAUUUUCAGAUGUGAAGAUCUACAAAGUGGGCGCCCCCACCAUCCCUGACUCCUGUCUGCCGCUCGGCAUGUCACAAGAGGACAACCAGUUGAAGCUUGUGCCCGUCACCCCUGGCCGGGACAUGGUGCACCAUCUCCUCAGUGUGAGCACGGCCGAGGGCACUGAGGAAAACCUCUCGGAGACCAGCGUGGCCGGCUUCAUCGUGGUGACCAGCGUGGACCUGGAGCACCAGGUGUUCACUGUACUUUCUCCAGCACCCCGGCCACUGCCCAAGAACUUCCUGCUCAUCAUGGACAUCCGGUUCAUGGAUCUCAAGUAGAGGUGGUGGCAGCCGUGCCCUCUGGACUGUGGGCUCCUCUUCUGGCUGGCCCCACAGGCACGCAGGUGAGAGGCCUGGUGAGGCUGACUGUUGUGGCAACGGCUCCAGGUGGCGUAUAUUCUCCCUGAGCCAGACCUUCCAGCUGGGAGUCCGGGGGCAGCCAUGAACAUGCGAUUGCCUCUCUUAGGUUGCCCGGGAUGCCAGCUGGGCUCUGAGACCUCAGAGGACUCGCCUUUCUCUCAAGGUGCUUCUUGACUAUUUUCCAUUACCACUUCGUACACACGUGCGAGCAGCUAAUUUAUCCAGGGUGAGAGUGUGAACUAGAGGGAUUCUUUUCAGUCAACUUCAAAUAAAAAGUUA